AGAAAGAAAACUUGCAGUGCAUCAUGUAGGCUCCAACAUCUAUGAUCCAUGCAAUCAUCAUGUGGGCCACCCAUUAGGUCUUAGGGCCAUAAAUUAGCCCUUUCUACAACUCAGUGGGCCACACCACUGUAGGUUUGUGUUGCGUGUUAAUUUUUUAGAAUUUAAUCCGAGGUUAUGAUUUCUUAACUAGGAUCAGGCAUACGUACACAGCGAUAUGAAUUAGAAAAGAGAUUGGCCACAUACUAUGAAAGAUGGCCUGUUAGACCCAACCAUCCAUUUGGAAGAGGUGCCAACAUGGGGUUUGCUUAUAUACCAAGUGUACUAUCACGGAUGUCUGUCGGACCCAACCAUCCAUUGGGCGGGCUACAAGCAUGCAGAUGCAAACAGGGCAAACCACUCAUCAGAUCAGCUAGCUACAAGUUGAUAUCAGAAAUGCCAAUGGUCCACAUUCAAUGUCUACAUGUACCGGGCUUUGAUGAGCGAACAAUCUUGGUUCUUGGGUCAAUGCAUCCUCAUAAACCGGGCCCACUUGGAAGAUGAAUGUAUGAUAGCGUUACAUACGCUUGGGUUUUCAGUUUGUAUGAAUGGGUCCCAAAAUCAGAUGGUGCAUGGCACAAGCAUCACGCCGAUUUAGCCAUCUAUAAGGUGGAUACUAAAAAUAAAAUGGUCAAAUUUCAAACUCGACGGUUUAAAUCAUACCAUUCAAAUAAUCUGAUCGGUGUGAGUUUUUGAGCUAUGAUCCAACCAUGCGGCCUAUUAUGUGGAAAAUGUUCUUCUAAGGUCCACCUUACCAUAAGUUAUGGUAAAGUCGAGCCAUGUGGGCCCCACUGUGAUUAGAUGAUCCUAGCCCUCCAUUCUUAUCUCUUUCCUCCACAUCCUUUGAUAUACUUUUUUUUUUAACCGUCCAUUUACAGGCCGCUAAUAAAGAAAUGGGAUCUUCAAUGUUGGAAGAUUUUUAUGUAAUCUUCCAUCCAGACUAGGGACCAUCAGAUCAACGGUCUGGAUCACCAGAACUCCCACUUGCAACUGCAAGAACUAUACGCGGCAGGACACUACUCUCCUCCUGAUGCAUACAGGACCCUGAAAAGCAGACUUCCCGCCAUCCCAUAUAUGAAAAUAUAACAGAAUUCCAACGGUUUGUAAGAACAAAUCAUCAGCUUCUUCUUGAAGAGAAGGUGAAAAAAAAAAAGUAAAAGAAAAGAGAAGAAAAUCCAUGGCAGGAAUCAUCAAGAACCAUCUGGGCCGUGAAAUCAAAUCGCCUCACAUGGGCCUCGAAAUCAAAUUGCCCCACCUCAGCCUCGACAUCAAAUCGGCUGACCCCACCAUGUCAGAAAGUGGCAUGGAAUCACCCAAAGAACAGAUCUUGUUCUUUGGGUCCCGCUACCAGAGGAAGGAGAACACUUGGGUCAUCUUGCUGUUUGUGGUUCUCCAUCUGGUGGUCUUCGUCGCGACAAUGUUCAUCAACGACUGCCCACAGAAUUCGCGCGGUGACUGCUCGCUGAAAUCCCUUGGCAGGUUCUCGUUCCAGUCCCUCGCGGAGAACCCGCUCCUUGGGCCAUCCUCCUCGACCUUGGAUGAAAUGGGGGCUCUUCAGAGGAGCUCGGUAAUACAACAUCACCAACUAUGGCGCCUUGCAACAUGGAUAUGGUUGCAUGCUGGGGUCAUUCAUCUAAUUCUCAACCUCUCCAGUGUAAUUUUUAUAGGGAUUCGCUUAGAGCAGCAGUUUGGACCAUUGAGGAUUGGGAUAAUCUACCUACUUUCUGCUUUUCUCGGCAGUUUGGCAUCCACACUUUUUGUACAGUACAGUGCCGCUGUCGGGUCAUCUGGUGCUUUAUUUGGAUUACUUGGCGCGAUGCUCUCUGGGCUUAUUCAAAAUUGGGGUAUAUAUGCCGAUAAGGUUGCAGCCUCGACAAUGUUGUUUGUCCUAGCUAUAAUCAACCUUGUCCUAGGCUUGCUACCUCAUGUGGACAACUUUUCAAACAUCGGAGGCUUCUUAUCUGGAAUUCUCCUCGGUUUCGUGCUCCUUUACAAUCCUCUAUUGUGUCGUGUGGAGCAGAAAAAAGGUCUGUUCGACUAUGAUGUCCGAAGUUCUAUGAGGCUCAAGGACAAACUCGAUAAGCCGGCAAUGAGAAUUGCUUCUCUAGUUCUAUUUGGCCUAGUUCUUUCAGGAGGUGUUGUAGCAGUUCUUCGAGGAGUAAAUGCGAAUGAGUGCUGCAGCUGGUGUCACUACAUCAAUUGUGCCCCCACCAAAUGGUGGAACUGCAAUGAGAAAGCAACCCAAUGUGAGGUAAUGGUUAGUGUGGGGAGAUUGACUUUGACCUGUGAAGAAAAUGGCCAUUUCCGGAUUUACCCUUAUGCUGACAUCUCAGAAGCAAGGGUGAGGGACUUGUGCAGUCAGAUCUGCUCCUAAAAAAGAGCUUAUAUCUGUGUGUGUAUGGGGCCCACUGAUGAGAUUGACAUGUGUAGUUUGGAAUAUGUUUGGGGGAGUGAAUGGGUGAAGGUGCAUGGAAUGCUUGGUACACCUCUUUCCAUGACAUGAACAUGUACAUUUUCAGGUGUAUGUAUGUCUUUUCAUUUGUUUUCCAUGUUGGUACAGGAAAAAACCUUAUAAUCAGAUUGUUAGAGAAUGCUGUUAUCUGAUUGGAAAAUAAUUGCA